AUGGCGGACAGAUCCUGUUCUGGAGGAGGACAUGCAACUGCAACCGGCUCCGUCCGUCUGUCAUUUGCCUGCUCUUCCCGUGUUGCCGGGUCCUUCGUUGCCGGGCAGCCAAGGCAGUGUGUAUCCACAAUUCAUGACGGCCAUGUUUGCUGCUGCCGCCGCUUCUGCCUCGCGACCGUCGCUCAUCGGCCAACCGGCGUUAAUGCCAUUCUGGCCGAGCGGGCUGCCGUACCCGUCGGUGGAGAAAGAGGCUCUGCUUCAGCCCGUCCUACCGUCCGGUCUGUCGUCGGCUCUCUUCCCGGCAGGUCCGGUGGCUGGGAUCACUUCGGCACUGACCGCCCGAUGGAGCGGACUCUCACGAGCCACAUACGCGCGUCUCUACAGCGCCGGUAG